UUUUUUUGAGUAAUAUGUGCGAUUAGAUAAGGGACGCUUGAGAGGGGGAAGGAAGCUGCGGAAAUUAUGCGACCCGCGAAUUGUCCAUCAAAUCGUACCGGUGUGUGUGUGUGGUGGCAGCAUGACGGGCAGAUUUGUCCGAAAAAAAAAAGAAAAUCAAACAAAACAAAAAUCACACGCGAGUUGGUGCGCGUCUCCUCUCGCGUGGGGUGGUGCGCAUGUGACGGCGUAAGCUUUGUUUACCUGCGGGCCGGCAAGGGGCUGUUUGAAUGGGGGGGUUUUGUUGUGGAAUCGGUAUUACCUUUUGAGGAAAUCAGCAAUAGCUUUAAGUAAGGGAUGAAACGGACGGAAGAUGGGGUUGUUUCUCGUACCCAUUCAAAAUAUUAACUGUCACUCACCAACACAACGAAUCGGGGGGGUGCCAAUGAUUCUGCCAUAUCGGCACGAUCAAUGUUUAAACUGGUUACGACUGGACACUUGUGAACUGUGGUGUUGUUGAUUGAUAAAAGUUAUCGUAGUGGGGAAGAUGUGGGGAUAUGACUUUUGUUUACCGGUCAGUAGUGCAGUGCUGAUAACGGCUAUCUUUUGUUAGUGGAACACUUUUAAUUUCGUUCCGGUAAAGGUAGGAUCGAUUGUCGUGAGCGUGACUUCAAGAGGUCGUAAACGGAAUAGCUUCCUCUUGUGAUUUUUAAAACGUAAUUCAAUGCUAAGAGUAUUAGUAAGAGGAAUGAUAUUGAGACGACUUGAUGAUCCUGAAACCAAUACCUUUUAUAGGACGGGAUCUGCCUCAAUUUCCGUCGAUAUAGGUCAACGAACCCUAUAAAAAGGAAAUGGACGCGCUUUUCAUUGGCCCGCAAUACCCAAAUGUGAACAAAAUGAUUCAUAUUAUUACUUCCAUCCUUUAAAGACCCUGCUGAAGAUGAUAUGUUAAAGUUGACCCGGCUAAAAGAAGAUAUGCUGACGUUAUAUUUCCACCUACUUACCAUACACGUUUUUUCCAAGGGUUUUUGAUAGUUUUGGCACACUUUCUUGACUCUUUCGCACGGAAAGUGAUACGCGCCGGUGUUUAAGCUAUCGCGUUAAUGAAUCUUAAUUCUACUGCACCCUUAUUGGAUGAGCCUAUCCGGAAUCUAAUAGCAAUCGUAUAUGUGCGGUUGUAAUUUAUAAUCCAAUUGGUAUCUGUCCAUAGAAUCAACUUCCCGUCAUAUAAGAUUCACCAAAACGUACCAGAACCCCUGAAAACCCCUGCAAUAUGUGUCACCAUGCAAGUUUGACAUCUCUGCCUUCCUAUAAACACCUUUCUAGCAUAUCGCAACAUAAUUUCAUACCAUUCUGGUGGGCGUUUUACCGUUUUCUGUUGACUCACAGCAUAUGUUUGUCUGCUCACUGAAUUGUUGAAGUUAUGCUCAAAUCGCUUCCUCUCGAAUGCUUUGCCAUUUGCGCGUCCUCUCCCAAGCAGGAAUCACACAGAGAGGCAAAAUGCGUACAGCCGCACGUGUGUGUGUGUGUAGUUGUUAGUCGAUCGAACCAGGAAACCAUAGCAAUGCGUGAAUCCACACACCAACACACACCCCACGCACGUAAAGCGAGGGUGAGCAUGAAAGAGACAGUGGGAGAGAAAGAGUAUUUCGCUCACGCACUCUAGCGAUCGCACGCGGGCACUCCAGUCAGUCGGCUGCACUUGCUCUGCUGCGCGCUUAGGGGUGAAAAGGGCGAAAAAAAGCGAGAGAGUGAGAGAGAAGGCACAGGCGCGCGUGUAUGUGUGCAGUGUAUGCUAAUGCUGCGGGGCGAGAGCGCGCGUGAGCAUGAUCUCGGCGGCUAUGUUGCAGUGUACUGCGCUGCGAGCAUGGCACACUGAGCAUGGAAUGGUAACGGGAAGGAAGGGGAACCCGCAAGAGACAACCCAGCAGACGGGCACCCGUACGGCUCUUGCACAGGCCCAAGUCUUCACAAUACCGUAAAGGCAGCCGUGCGCGCAACAAAGCAGCAGCACACAGCAGCGGUCGCGGUGCCACAGGGUCGCGUUUCUUGUGGACACAGUUGUUGUUCCAGCAGCAGCAACACAUUAGUACUUCGAUCCUCGGAAGCAGUAAACUGGGGAACAUCCAUCGCCCACUGCGUGGAAGUGAAGGAGCGGUUUCAUUCAUUUGCAAACCCGCAACGAACGCAACCGCAUGGUUUCUUGUUUGGCGUUUGGUGAAUUGGUGAAGCAGAAUUCAACGACCUUUUGACGUUACUUGAACGCUGCUCGCUUCCGUCCGGUGUGCAUCACAAAACGAUUGUGUGCGAGUGAGUGUGUGUGUGUGUGUGUGUUCGAAGCUGCAAUCCUUCCACUCCAGGUGUGUGCAGUAAAGUGCAUGGUUGCCAGUGUGUGCGCAAGCGCUUAUGUGUGUGUGUGUGUGUGCCUCGGGAAGAAGAUCUCAAGACCCAAAACGGGGGAGGCAGCAAAAAAAAGUAAGCCAAGUGUAAGCUAGAUUGUGUGUUUCAUGUGCAAACGUGUUUUGGGGCUGAUUUUCCUGUAGAAGAAUCGCUUCUCCCCCUCCACAAGUGUACCCCAAAGUAGGCUAUGAAGGGUGGAAUGGUGUCCAGUUCUAGCGCACUAGUCACGUCAGUCACGUACGAAAGCCUUUAAGCGGAUUGAGUCUGAAAUCUGUCCGUCUAGCGCGCGGAGAGUUGGAGUUCAUCCGUUAUCGGAGGCUCGGAUCUUCGCAACAAUCUCCGCAACAAGCGUGAGUGUUCGUGUUGGUGGCGUGGCGGCAUCAUUCUGUACAAAAACCGCUGCUUCCCUGUUAAGAACGUAGAUUGUGCCGACGUUGCCAGCACUCGGCUGUGUUUGUUUGAUAAAGCGAACGGUGAAGCGAUUGCGUUUGUCGAACGUCGCAUCUUCCAGAGCAUCGCUGGGAAUUAGUGCGCCUAUGGGGGAGUGAUCGUGGUGGAGUUGCACCCAAGCAUCGAUCAACGUAAACUGUCUCGAGGUGGAACUAAAAGCAAUCUCCUCGUCGUACGAUGCGCGCUAACGCACCGACAGCCAACUUGACGCAGCAGGAAGUGAUCGGUACGGAACGUGGCUACAAUAUAGCACCAGUGUGCGAAUCGGCCCGGUGCUAACGUGUCGAUCGGGUUAGGAACUACUUCAGAACUUUGCGAACAUCUACCGCCCACGGGGCAGAGCAAAACACACAAAAUCGCAUCCAUGUUACCGCCCAACCGAUGGAGGAAGCUGUAAAUCAUCUUACAAAUUCACAAUCAACAGCCAAAACGAUGGCGAACGAUGGUGGUGUCAUCCCGGAGUACUGUACGCUGCCGCGACCGGCGGCACGAACCCGGCCAGACCCAGCCGAGCAUCAGCACGUCGCAGGCUGGCGUGCAACUGGCGGUGACCACUUCUACACACUGCGGCCCGCGAAACCCGCCCCAGCGAUGGGUGGUGUGGGCGGUCGUAUAAAACCCACCGCCGCUGGCGGCAGCAGCAGCUUCCGGAAGGUACCGACCGCGGAAGAUCUGGCCGAAGAAUCGCCGAACCGGAGCCUGCUGCUGUACGAGCAGAACAUGAGCACGUUCGAGAACUUCUGCGAGCGGCGCAACAGUGAGCGGCAGCUACAGCAACAACCGCAUCAGGCGGAAGAGGAGGAGCAAGAGGAGGAGCAGGAUUCCGGUCAGCUGGCGCCGGAAAGUUUGGGUAACUUUUGCACGCUGCGGAAGGGACGGCGCACGCACAAUGGAGCCGACGUGCGACGGGAGAAGGGCCCGUUCGGUGGGGCGUACUGCACGCUGAAGAAGAAAAAGCUGCAGCUGAAUAGGAAAUUUGUGGAAAGCUUCCUGGAGGACCCGAACGCGAAGGUGGUGGACUAUCUGUCCGAGCUGGACGCGUACCUGGACGAGAUGGACGGUGGUGUGGACGAGGACGACGCAGAUGAUGAUGAUGAGGUGGCGACGGCUAUGAGUGAUGACAGUGACAGUGCUAGUGCGGGGAGUGAGGAUCGCCACGCCAGCGAGACGGUGCUGCAGCUGGCCAGUGAGUGUCAGAACGGAGGCAAGCGGGAAGCAGAGCAAGUGGGUGAAAGUUUACAGUAUUAUCAACCGAGCGAGGUGCGACGGCGGGCGGCCGGUGGUGAGGCUAGUGAGAGUGGUGUGUCGUUUGGUGAGCUGUACCAGGAGGAUCGCAUCAAGUUCGGUGACAUCAAGCAUUUCUGCACGCUGCCGAAACAGAAACGGACGCAGUUUUUGAACGCGUUCCGGCGCGGUGCGUCCCUGCGCAGGUCGGUCGUUGGUCCAAAGCCGACGAACGAUGGCGGUGAACGGAGAGCUCAACACAUUCCCGAAAGGAAGACGGUGACGGGUGAUGAGCGAACGGAAAGCAGGCACAAUACCGAUGAGCACGAAGCAGCAUCGACCGGCAAUUCGCUACCCCGGCACGGUCCAUCAUGGGACGAAAGCGCUGCACCUCAUCACCAUCGCAGCUGGCAUCGGAAUUCGAUGCGCAAGAAGCACCUGAUCGAACUGCCCGAACAGGACACCGUGGCCGCGGCCCCGUCCACCACAGCCAGCCAGGAAUCGCUGCUCGAGGCUAACGAACUCAGCUCGAUUAGCACGCUGCCGGUGGACGAAGUACCUGCCACACUUGACCCGAUUGGUGCGUCCCUAGUGGUUGCGCUACCUCCCUCGCCGGUGCCGUUUGUAGAGCGAACCGAACGGGAGCAGAUCGUAGCUUCGGCACCACCUGCCUCCCUGUCCUCCUCUCCCCAACCACCACAACUGCUCGAAACCGAUCUGGACGGGAUGCUGGUGCAGGAGCGGCCAAGACAAGCCGGUCGCCGGGCACAGUCACAGCCCCGCAUCGGUUCGAUUACGGUCGUGCGGGAUGCGGCCACGAACGAGCUCAUCAUACGCACCAACAGUGUGCCGGGACAGCCACCGACGGCACCACCGGCCGAGGAGCUGCUGACCCAAUUGCACCAUGAAAUUCAUCACCCGCAGCAGAAUCGUCAGCACCAUCACGGUCGAUACGUGGCCGAGUCGGAGGAGGGCAGCUCGAUGGGCAGCUCGCGCAAUCCGAGUCCGGUGUCGCUGCUAUCUACGACAACUACCUGUAGCUCGAUAGCAUCGGCCGCUGAUAACGCGAACGACAGGACUCGCCGAACGUUGGAACAACCGAUCGAUGGAUCAACUGAAGCUGGGUCUGUUCCAUUCUCACGCGGUGUUGAUGUGCGAGAUGAAAAUGCCUCUAUCGGCAGCAGUGCGCAGCCAAGCCGCUCCUCAUCCAACGGCCGAAGACAGCGCAACUCCUCGGAAGUGCAACGGCGCAGCGCCUCCACCACGACUCAGGCCGCCGAACCGGCCACUGCCUCAACCGCACCGACUGCCGGCGGCGGCAACAACAACGAAAACGACGAGUCCGACACGGAAGCAAGCCCACAGCGGAGCAGCAGCAGGCGCAGUGACGGCCGACCGAAGGCACGCUGGCCACACGCCAUCUCGCGCUCGUUAGCCACCACCUUCUGUACCCUCGGGCUGUUUAACAUCUCACGCUUUGCCGUGUUUAGCGUCCACUUCGGUGCCAAUUUUGUGGUGCAGUUUCUACUCUUCUCGCUCCUGUUCGGCAUCCCGAUGCUGUGGCUGCAAAUGGUGCUAGGUGCGCGCAUUCGGGGCGGCCCUGUUACGAUGUGGCGCAUCAGCCCGAUCUGCAAGGGCAUCGGGAUAGCGCUGCUGCUUGCCCAGACCCUCAUUGCGCUGUACUCGGCCAUUUCGCUUGCCUGGGUGCUGGUGUACUUUCGGGAUGCGUUCAUCAUGCGCAACGAGAAGUACCGCUGGCAGGAACCGUUCGAGGCGUACCACAGUGGACGGGACAAUCAAUCCUACCGGCUGCCGGAUACGGUGGCGGACUACUUCAACGGCGUCGUACUGCAGCGCUACUAUCUCGCCCAUCAGGCAGUGUCCAGCUCCCUGCCGACCGGAUACGGUGGGCGCAUUCUACCACCCGUCUCACAGUCGACUUCUCGUGCCAGCGGCAUCGGAGCGAUACGCUUUCAGCUCGCGUUCAAUCUGGCCAUCAUCUGGACGUUCGUGUUUGUGGCACUGUGCCGCGGCAUUCGCUCACUGGGGAAGAUCACCAUCGGCGUGUUUGUUGGCGCGUUUGCGGCACUUACCGCCGUUUGCGCCAAGUUCCUCACGUUCAUCGACUACGACAGCGUGCAGAACAUCUUCCCGGCAACGGAUUGGCAGGACUUCUUUCUGAACUCGCGCAGCUGGACCAGCGCGGCGCAGGAAACGUUCCUAACGUGGGGCCUGCUCGGGGUGUCGAUCUACGCACUGAACUGUCGCAGCAAUCGGAAGGGAAGCUGCAAUGUGCGGACCCGCCGGGAGCUGCGGCGUGAUGCGUUUCUGGUCGCGUUCAUUACGCUCACCGUGCUGAUACUAGCCGCCGUCCUUGGCAGUGCUUGUGUGCAGAUUCUCAACAGUCGCGGAUACUACUACUUGCCAGGUUCUUAUGAAAACCUAGGCACAAACGUGUUCCUGCGGCCGGCUAAUCAACCACUACCGCCACAACACGCGACCAUGCCCAAUCGGUGGCUGCUUCGAUACUCGACCGUGGUAGGCGAAAGCUUCAAGCGAUCGUACGCCGAUCCGAGUCGUGAGUCAGGCUACCAGGCACUGCGGCUUGUGACUGAGCUGCUGCCCGCUGCACUUGCCGCCGCCACACCGGAACACAUUGCCCCGAUCUGGGGCAUGAUCGGGUAUCUAGCGCUCGUACUGUUCGGGCUGGGACAGCUGUGCGUGAUGUGGAAGCCGAUCGCCGGUGCUAUCGGUGACGCACCGUCCUCCAUCCUGCUGAGCUGCGUCACGGGCCUACUGCUCGGGAUGCCCCUGGCAACGGAAGGUGGCAUCCAUAUUGUGCACUAUCUCGACACGAUCCUCGGUGCUGCCUGGUGGCUACUGCUGCUCUGGAUCGGACACAUUCUGGCACUGUUUCUCGUGCGCGGUCGUCCUUUCACAAGUGACAUUCUAGUCAACGAUCUGCAGAUGCUGCAAUCGUUUUCGGCCUUCGUGGCGUUCGCGUGGAACUUCCUCAUCCCGAUCGGGCUCAUCUUUCUGUGCAUCCUGCAGUACCGGCUGUCGAACAGUGCGGCCCUCUUCAACUGGUCCUCCGCAUCGACGGUGGCGGCCGCCGCAUCGACAUCGGCCACGGGCGCCAGCAACUACUGGCCGCUGUGGGCUCGCCAGGUCGGUGGGUUCGUGCAGGUCAGCUUUCUUCUUCUGGUGCCGGUCGUCAUGGUGAUCCAAAUCUAUCGCUACCUUUGCCGCGGUCCGCCCGACAUAUUGGACCGUGUGGAUUUACUGCUGCGACCAGCGAUAUAUGGCGACACCGGCAACUCGCUCCGUAUGAUGCAGACGCGCCGGGCGGCUGUAUCGUCGCCGCUGCAACGCACGCGCAACGGUGGCGCUGCUGGCGGCCGGGACAGCUCCGAACCGACCAUCACCAUCUCGAUGGAUUCCCGCUCGGUGCGGGAUGCGGAUGACGCUCCGCCGAAGUACACGCCGCCACCCUCCUACACCACAGCGACCGGGGCGCGCAUUGCCAAGCUGCUGCGCAACAGCAUACGCCGCAGUGUGCGCCGUCUGAUGGGCGAAACGAGCGGCAGUGCACCGUCCGUACGGCAACGUACCGCCCUACCGCAAACGGCCCCCGACAGUCUCGGGGCAAACCCGUCCACGGGCGAUGAACUGCCGCCGCCCGACUACUGUUCCGCUUUGCAGCAAUUCGGUGGUCCGUGCGCCAUGCCAAUGGCUGGACUCGAGCUAGCGAACCACCAUCCGUCGGCGGUGGCUCCGCGCAUCCUCUACAACUCGGCCACGCUGGGCAGUGGCCGCCGGUACCGUUCGCUCAAUGCAGCGGGCGAACCGACCGCAGCACUGCCAACAUCAUCACACCCGCCAAGCUUUACCGCGUCCGACGUGCGGCAGGUUCUACGCCCAGGCACGACCACCACCGUUGCACCAACGUCUGCGAACGGCGGCGCAGGCUUCACGCAAACACUGCGCAACACGCUGCUGCGCCGUGGUCACUCGAUGGAGAAUCUGGUGCUGGCGGCGGCCCCGCUUGGCGACUCGAGCAUCAUCACACUGCACGGGGAGGACGAUGACGACGAGCACCACGGAUACGGCGGUGGCAAUAACGGAUCGACGGGACGGGAUUCGGUGAUAUAGAAGCAGAAAGAACUCAUCGAGGGAGGAGGGGGCUCAAAAUAGUAAUCACAAACUAACGUGUAGGCACCUGUUUAAGAGGCGAGAUUAUAGAUUACUUAGCAUCUUGUAGAUGGUAGUUAUAGUGAGCUCAACGAUAACGAUUUCGGAACGAUAAUUUCCAUAUUCCGCACUGCUGCUGCUGCUAGCUGCAAUCAUUGAUUCUAGGAGUAUCGGCUUUGCUCUAGGGUACAACCACUUCGUUUGUACACGACACGACGCUGUGAGGAGUUUUUUCUCUUUAAUAAAAACAAAUCGUUUAUUUAUUGGUUCCAUUUAAA